CCUCGCCCGCCCGCGUCUCUGCUAGGCGGCCGCGAUGUCUGACAAGGAAUUCAUGUGGGCCCUCAAAAAUGGAGACUUGGAUGAGGUGAAGGACUAUGUGGCCAAGGGUGAAGAUGUCAACCGGACACUUGAAGGUGGGAGGAAGCCUCUUCACUAUGCAGCAGACUGUGGACAGCUUGAGAUUCUGGAAUUUCUGCUAUUGAAAGGAGCUGAUAUUAAUGCUCCAGACAAACAUAAUAUCACACCACUCCUAUCAGCAGUCUAUGAGGGCCAUGUUUCCUGUGUGAAAUUGCUUCUGUCAAAGGGUGCUGAUAAGACUGUGAAAGGCCCAGAUGGACUAACUGCCUUUGAAGCCACUGACAACCAGGCAAUCAAAACUCUUCUUCAGUGACGGAUGGACUGAUAUCUUAAAUGUCUCUCCUGUGGCCUCACACUGCUGCCUGUCUGUCACUCUUUGCAUCUUCCAGCUUCUUCAGCUAAAUACUUUGGGGGGAGGGAAAUUCUUAUGAAUCAGACUAGUUAGGGGCUUGUAUCGAAGAUAAUCUGUUUGGAGAGGGUUGAAAACUAUUAUGAACAGCGUCCCUCUAGGACUUCUUUUCAGUGCACAAUCUCUUCCCAUUUCUAGUGAAAAUGGAAGAAGGAAGACAGACCAUGAUCUUGAAUUUUUGGCUUGCAAACCUCCUAGGUUAGUACUAAGAUUUUUGUUGAAAGAUUCCUUUAGAUGGAAGUACUGUGCUAUGUACCUGAAACUAAUUGUGAAGGAGACAAUAGUCCCAUGCUAAUAGUGUCUGCCAUAAUCUGAAGUGUAGUAAAGUUAGGUGGCUGGGUUGCUUUUCUCUCUUCUGUCUCAGUGGGUAGCUUUAUUCUCCUGCCUAAAGCUUACGUUGCAGUUUUGAGGACUUUUGAUACUAGUUAUUGGAGCUGUUCUUUAUAUUGACUAAUUGGAUGUCACACUAAUGUUUUUCUGACUCUUGAGUAAACCAGGAAAGAUCAGCUGAGGCAUGGUUGCAUUACACUCCAGGAUAUCUGCCAAGGUACUUUUGGAUGCUUGAAUUUGAGGUUUUUCUUUCCCAUGUUUGUUCUAGUCCAGGACAGACGUUUUAAGCAACUGGUUUUGAGAGAGUUCAAAAUGUCACUGUAGUUAUAUCCAAAAGGAUUGUAAGAUGAAAUUUCUUUACUCACCAUGUCAGCAUAAAAUUUAUAGACACGUGCAAAAGCUAUAGGCUGUUUGGUAUGCAAGGAUAAUCAAGUCAAAUGUGAAAAAUGAACAGUAAUUAUUUAGACAUUCCUAUCAGGUGAAUAUUGUUGCUAAACUUUUCUGUAAACUUUUAAAAUACAUGUAAGCUUUCUAAGUUCAGGUGUUAGGAACAGGAAGACGUACAAGUAGAAGUCUUAACUUGCUCUUACUACUGGAGGAAAAAAACCUUUUAAUUGUGCAUAUCUCUGAAUCGGUGUUUCAUUGUUGGCUGAAUGAACCUCUUAAAUUUCAUUAAGAUGUGGGGCUUGUUCUGAAAGUUCCCAGUGCAACCAUACCACAUUAACCAUCGACUUUUAGAUAAGAUUUACUAUACCAGUAAGUAUGACAGCACUAUGACAGCCUUGAUGAUUCAUGGGAAGAUAUUUAAUGAUGUUGUAGGGAUUCCCGUCAUGUCUUAUGGUCCUCAGGAAUGUCUGAGCUUCUGGUUUCAUCUUGAAAAUUUUCAUUAGACUGCUGAUUCACCCAAAACCGAAUAACAGGUUUUAUAACAGAAAAAUGUGUACCACAAACUAUACAUCUUCCUCUUUUUUGGAAUACAGAUUUCAAACUUUCUGAUAACAUACACAAUACAGAAAACAAAUGUAUAUAAUGUCUCAUGCUGAAUUCUUAAACAAAAGUAGCUGAUAUUAUUUUGAUAUCACUGUUGAAAUUGAGAGGAUAUGUAGAAGUAGGCUGGUGACUACCACUCAUAUUUAAUGGAGACUUAGUUUUACUUGAAUCAUGUUGCAUAUUAUGAUUGAAUGUCUCAGCUAUAAAAAGCCUUGCAUUUAGACUGUAAAAGGAGAGCAGAAACUGAUUUACAUGUACACAUCCCAUAAGAAAAGCAAUGGAGCAAACAAUCAACUCUGGCUGUAAACUGUACAGUGCAAUUACUCUUUGCUUCUUGGAGAUGUGUGGCAAGGAAGAGCAGAAGGGUUGGAAAUUGGUGAUAAAUCAAUUGAUGAGCUGCUGAUGAAAGAACAAGCAUUUUUGGUGAACAGUGGUUUUAAUGACUAUUUAAAGAGAACUCUUUUAUCUCUGAUCAGUGCUGGAUUGUCAUGUCAUUGUAAUAGUGUGAACACAGACUAUAGGUUUAACUCUUUAUUCAGCUAUGAAAGUAACCAUCUUUGGCAUAAAUUUGCCUCCAUAUUAUGCUAUUAAAUACUUAGCUAUUAAAAUACUAGUCUAGAAAACUGCAAUCUGUUUUCAUGUGAAAAACUUGAUUAUUCAAGUUUUUUGUGUUGAUUAGUGUCAAGUUGUCUGGCCAUAGUGUUUUUGGUUUUUUUCUCUGUAUUCUUUCCUGCCCUUCCCUUCAACUCUCAUUUAAGUGAGCAUUAUCAAAGUAAAGAAACAUCAUCUUUGUACUAACUCUUCUGGUGAUUCACUGAGGCAAUUUUGCCUCCCUUUUUCUACAAUUAUGUGGACACCUUAUUUUUUCUUACUUCACUUGAGGAAAAAAAAAUGCAAACAAACUGCAGUGAGACAAGUGUUAAUUUGGCUGUAAUAUAUACCCAAGCUGCCUUUCAAGAUAGUUAAAAGAUGGCAUUUAAUGUUUGGCUCAUAAAGAAGAAAUACUUUUUUGCACUACAUAAGAGCUGAUUGAUCAUUUUGCCCAGGAUUUAAAA